AUGGUUAUGGACCUUUCAAUAGCAGACACUUUAAUAUUUGGCAAUGGAUUGAAUAACUUAUCCAAGGAGAAUCUUUCACACCAUAUCUUCUUGCUUAUAUCUGCUUACCUUACCUAUGGCAAUCGUGUACUGUUUUGCGAGGAUGCCAUAAGCAAAAGAACCCAUAAAACUACAAUGGAUUCUAUUAAAGCACUAAAUAUUUCAGAGUAUGCUACUUCACCUCACAAAAAUCGUGCUACUACUUUGACUUUGGCCAAACUAUGUGCAUCAUAUCCUGAGUACAUUGUGAUUUUGCGUCAAUACAAUGAUCCAUUAUAUGGACCAGCUGUGUUUAGCCGGGUCCCUAAAUCAGAAGCAAAAUUAGCGGAACAUAUACCCCGUAUAAUAUUCCACCCAUUUGUUGCGACACUAUACCCAUACUUUGACAGCGAUCCCAAAAAGCAGCUAUUAAUAAAGCAAUAUGCUCUUGAAUUUUGGCGUAUGGUUUAUCGUACAUAUUCAAAACGCUGUAUUUCACGUAUUUUAAGUCCAAAAGAAACCGUCGAGAUGCAGGUCCGUAACUCCAGAUAUAAAAAAGAAUACAUAGGACCAGUAACGAUGACUUUUAACGAAAACCUUUUUAUCAAAAUGACACUUAUCAAGGAUUCGUUGCGUUUGGCAAACGAUAAAGCGGAUGGCUGUUUUGAUUUUAGCCCUUAUCAAAUUGGGCCCAAACUUCAAAAAAUCAUUGAUAGUGGAGAAGUUUUUAUUCCCGUACCUUACAAAAACAUUUCUAAUAUCUUACGGAGAGGAGAUGACUAUGCUUCACGUAAACUUGACUACAAGGUAAACUUGAUGAAGCAAUGCAAUUAA